AUGGUUGAAAACCAGUUCAACUCCACUAUCAAAACCAUAAGGUUCGAUACCGGAUAUGAGUUUCUUUCCUCUCAAAUGCAAGCCUUCCUUCAUGACAAAGGUAUCUUUCAUCAAAGGUCUUGUGUCAACAGACCUCAACAGAAUGGGGUGGUUGAACGCAAACACCGCCAUCGCCUUGAGAAAGCCCGAGCUCUUUGUUUUCAGGUUGGUUUACUUCUCACCUUUUGGGGAGAAGGUGUUUUAACAACCACUUACCUAAUAAAUCGCUUGUCUUUUCCAAUCCUCCAAGGGAAAUCUGCAUAUGAAACACUAUUCAAUUCUAAACCAGCCUAUAAUCACUUUUGUGUUUUAGGUUGUUUAUGUUUUGCUCAUACCAAAACCAUUGAUAAGUUUGCACCUCGUGCUAAAAAAUGUGUGUUUAUUGGCUACCCCUAUGGAAAAAAAGGAUACAAAGUUUAUGAUUUGGAAAAAUUAUUUUAUGUUAGCACAGAUGUGACCUUUCAUGAAAAUAAAUUUCCAUUUCUCACUAACAAGGUCGUUGAUGCUUCUCACAACUCUGUCACACCAAUCCCUCUUCCUAUCAUUGAAGAUGUUUCCCUUGAAUUAACUCGGCUCACAACUGCUGAUACACCACUUGACCAUCACCACACUCCCACCACCGAGCAGCAACCCACUACCCCUUAUGUGCUGUCGCUCGAACCUUCCAAUGACUUGUCCUGCAAGUCGUGUCCUCCACCUAGCGACCAACCUCUUCCUCCACUUGUCACCAACGGUCCAUCAUCGGCCUUUGAACAUACAACUUCCAUCCAACAACCCACACGUAGGUCCUCUCACCCUUACCGCCCAUCAAGCUGGCUCGUUGACUACAAGUGUGCUCAUGUGACAUCUUCCUCCACGACCAAUCACUCUACUUCAGCUAGUCAUCAUUCAGGUACUGAGCAUCCUCUUACUCAUUAUAUUUCCUAUGACAAAUUUUCCACACCUCAUAGAGCUGGUCUUGCUGCUAUUACCACUAACCAAGAACCUAGAACUUUCACAUCUGCUUCUAAAGAUCCUCGCAGGAGGGAUGCUAUGACUGCAGAAAUAAAGGCAUUAGAAGCCAAUAAUACUUGGUAUGUUACUCCCUUGAACCCGAAAAACAUGCUAUAA